AUGCAGGGCAUCCCCAUCAUGCUAUUCUUGGGUGAGAGCGAACUUGGUCUAGUCCGGGCGGCAGUGGAGCAUAUUGAGUAUCGAAACAUCGACAUGAUCAAGAAAGCAAGGAGUACGGAAAGGAAGAGAGGCAAUCCGACUCGAGACCAACCCCUGCUCUUCCUGCGUUGGGAGUCUCCCAAAAGGGCGUUUGGCAUGGCUGAAAGACGCCACAAUGCGGAAGCAACAACCCGCAGCAGACGCAGGAGAAUGUGCUCCGCUGCCUCGAAUGGACUGAGCAUCUGGAUCAUAUUGCAAACCAUCUCGACAAUAGAUUACGCAGCGUUGAACGGCCUCACGAUGUACAACUUCCCGCCCAUGCCGCCAAAAUGGGAUAGAACCGGCAUCUUCUACGCCACAUUUUGCGCGAUAUGGGCAGCCGUCGUCUUCGCGGAAACGGCCUUCCUUUGGGCCAAUCGCAGGAACACCAUCUGGAGGCUUCGAGGCAUGGCUUUGAUCACGUACCCAAUCGGCGGAACGAUGCCCGUCGUUAUUUCGUACGACGUCCAAGACUUUCUAACGGGCAUUUGGUUUCCGCUGGGUAUCGCGUGCUUCCACGCCGGGUCGUGGCCGCCUGCCAUAUCUGACGCGGAAUCUCGCGAGUCCCUUGCUCACGAAGAGAGGGUCGAUGCAUACAACCGCGCCCUCCAGAUCUAUGCCGACUCAUCUCUCUAG